AAACAUUUAAUCUGGCUGACUUGUGUGCCACGUAUGCAAGUUCUAAGUGCCUGCGUAUCAUCCAUCAAACUCUGCCAGAGUACUAAAGAUUUCUCAUGCUUAUAAUCGGUACCACGGCGAUUCCUCGUGGAGAGGGGAGGGGAAGAAGAGAGAGCUGCGACGGACUGAAUAUCCCGACGACCGAAGUUAUCUUGAAAGAUUUGAAAAACCUGCAAUCACUCAAUCGAGCUUCUCAGUCGAAAGAAUCGAAGAUCGCGAUUAGAAAUUGCUGAUAUCUGCCAUGGAUCUUACAUCAAUGGGUCCCACCAUUAUCAUCAUCAUCAUCACACUCAUUGCGAUACGUGUCGCUUAUGUAUUCUUCCAGAGCGGCAAACCCCUUUGCACUACGUCGCUGCCGCAAUCCUAUAGCACUCUUAUUGUUCUGGGCUCCGGGGGCCACACGGCCGAGAUGCUUAAUCUUUUGGCGGUGCUUGAUAAGGACAAGUUCACGCCCCGAUCAUACAUCGCCGCCGCUACGGAUAAUAUGAGUCUUCAAAAAGCUCAGGCGAUGGAAGAAUCCUUGGUUCAUCAGACAAAUGCAGGGAAAAUGGUAGAGGCUGCUCAGUUCAUGCAGAUAUAUCGAAGCCGGGAAGUGGGUCAAUCAUAUUUAACCUCUGUUGGAACAACUCUUGUUGCAAUGGUUCAUGCCCUAUGGCUAAUGUUUAAAAUCAGGCCUCAAGUGAUCCUAUGCAAUGGACCCGGGACAUGUAUCCCUCUGUGUGCGUCUGCAUUCCUUUUAAAGGUAGCCGGUAUAAAAUGGUCAUCCAUUUUUUAUGUCGAGAGUAUAGCAAGGGUGAGGAAGCUCUCCUUAAGUGGCUUGCUGCUGUACAAGUCACACCUAGCCGAUCAGUUCUUUGUACAAUGGCCAAAAUUGCAAAGGAAAUAUCCUAGGGCUCACUAUGUUGGUUGUCUCAUGUAGUUGGCGCCUUGCUGUUGCUGUCCUUGGUAAGCAAGGGGCUCCAAAACUGCAGCAAACCAGUUUGAGCACAACAGGUCAUUGCCUUAGCAAGUGGACAUCCUGAUAGAAGCAAUUCCUCACCAAACUCGCAAAUUUUUUUAUAAGGUAAGGGCAGUCUUAGUUUUUCACCCCCCAGCAUCAAAAUCUCUACCAAUGCCCAUCCGUAAACAUCCACAUUUGCAGAGAUUAUUUAGCAUUAUGUGUGGAAUCUCUUCAAUCCACUAUGAAUUAUAGAAUCCAAGAAGUGUAUUUUUUUGAAAUGUCUCUCUGGUCACAAACUCACUCAUCAGCAUGGGGGUAAGACCACUGAGAUCUAAAGCCAAGAAUAGUAUCUGAAACUUCUUCUGCCAUUUUAAUUGUUAUCAUGGCUCCUCUUGCAUAAGGAAUUAGAAAUCAUAACGAUAUGGAAGUUCCUGCCA